UCUAGGAAACUCUGAAACUCACCAUCUUUUUUUUUUUUUUAGAGCUUUCAGUAUUUAAUUGCACUAUUUUUGUCAUCAUGGCUUUGCUCUGUCACAUAUUUAUAAUUUAUCAUGUAGCUAUUUCAUUAUGUAGUAUUGGUUUAAAACUACAUAAGUGCUUUAAGAAAUAAGAUAACUGUGUGUUUAGCGUUAAUAAAUAAUAUAUUAAAGAGUAAUUAUUUGGUGUGUGUGCCUGAGAUUGGAAAUUGCUAUAAGCACAUCAAGUUUUUAUUUAGCCCUGGUGCUAUCUCACCCUUAAUUAUAUAAUAAAUAAUGUAUGUCUUGUUGGUAACACUUGUUUUUCAAUCUUUUAUGUAGAACAUUAGAAGGAAAAACAUCUUCACCUUCAUUCUGGUGAUUUUCUGAACUCAUGGCAUCUGUAUGAAGAAGUGAAUAGAGACCCAAAUGUUCACCUCUUAUUUCUUAAACUAACUCAGAGGAGAUUUGUUGUGAUUGACAGAGUGAGACUUCUCCAGAGUUUUACUUUUAGGAAAUAGACCUGAUCCGCUUCCAACUGAUCCUUUCUUAUCAAUCUAGUAAUGAAAGCAAUGCUGGAAGGAGGAUUGUUUGCAGUAUAGCUCAGCCUUUUAUUGUUGGGUUAAGCCCCCAGAAAUGGUGAGCUGGAAGGGAGAAAUUUUUACUUACCCUUUCAUGUUCAUUCUAAUAAUCAUUCAGAACAAUAGAAAGGUAGGGUAUAUUUCAUUUGCUUAUUAAAUGCUCAGAUAGGCCCUGGAUUGGAGAUAUUCUUUUGGAUGGUUCUUCUGAAAAUGUGUCUAGGCUUCUCAAUUCUAAUUUAAUUCAUAAUAAGAAAUGUUUUGUGUUCUGUAUGCCAUUUGGUAGUUAUUUCUUUUCAGGUUAAAUGAUAUUGAAUUUAGUCUGUGCAUAACUAUACAUCCUUUUCAUUAGCUACCUUUGUAUUUCUUUCUAGUAUAAAAUAUCCUUAAAGUCAAAGGAUGCAUCAUUGGUUAAAAAAUCUUUUUUAGAAAGAGGAUUGAGUAAAUGUGGAUAUGAAAGUCAGAGGUUUGACAUUGAUUGCUUGAAAGUACUAGGAUUUUUUUUUUUCCUAUGUAAUAGUUGGAAAUAUUUGGGCAAGAGACAGGCCAACUAAUAGGUAUGUUUCAACAUUGAUUUGACUUUGAGACUGUGCCAUUGGGAGAUGGGACUUUUUGUAACUUCUGUACCCAUUAAUUCCUAGGUUGUGUUUUUAAAUUCUAAUCUGAAUUGGACAAGCGUUUACUGUCUAAUGAUGUGCAUGAUACUUUUGAAAUACAAAAAGUCUUCUAAGGGUUGUUUAUUUCUCUUAGAAAACAUCACAAUCGUGCCAUUUCAUUUUCCUCAGAAGUUACAUGUCUGCAUUUGGGGCAGCAAAGCCAGGACUCUAUUUGAAAAAAAUGCUGCCCCGAUUUUGCAUUUAUCUGGCAUGGAUGUGACUAUCAUUAAGACAGAUUAUGAGGGACAAGCCAAGAAACUCCUGGAAUUGAUGGAAAGCACAGAUGUGAUCAUUGUUGCUGGAGGGGAUGGAACCCUGCAGGAGGUUGUUACCGGAGUUCUUCAAAGAACAGAUGAGGCUACCUUCAGUAAGAUUCCCAUUGGAUUUAUCCCACUGGGACAGACCAGUAGUUUGAGUCAUACCCUCUUUGCCGAAAGUGGAAACAAAGUCCAGCAUAUUACAGAUGCUGCACUUGCCAUUGUGAAAGGAGAGACUGUUCCACUUGAUGUCUUGCAGAUCAAGGGUGAAAAGGAACAACCUGUGUUUGCAAUGACUGGCCUUCGAUGGGGAUCCUUCAGAGAUGCUGGCGUCAGAGUUAGCAAUUACUGGUAUCUUGGGCCUCUAAAAACCAAAGCAGCCCACUUUUUCAGCACUCUUAAGGAGUGGCCUCAGACUCAUCAAGCCUCUAUCUCGUACACGGGACCUACAGAGAGAUCUCCCAGUGAACCAGAAGAGACCUCUCCCCGGCCUUCCUUGUAUAGGAGAAUAUUACGAAGGCUGGCAUCGUUCUGGGCACAACCACAGGAUGCCCCCUCUCAAGAGGUGAGCCCAGAGGUCUGGAAAGAAGUGCAGCUGUCAACUAUUGAACUGUCCAUCACAACACGGAACAGUCAGCUUGACCUGACAAGUAAAGAAGACUUUAUGAACAUUUGCAUUGAGCCUGAUGCUGUCAGCAAAGGAGACUUUAUAACUAUAGGAAGUAAAAAGGUGAGAGACCCCAAGCUGCAUGCCGAGGGCACCACGUGUCUCCAGGCCAGCCAGUGUGCCUUGCUUCUGCCUGAGGGAACAGGGGGCUCUUUCAGCAUUGACAGUGAGGAGUAUGAAGCGAUGCCUGUGGAGGUGAAGCUGCUCCCCAGAAAGCUGCAGUUCUUCUGUGACCCUAGGAAGAGGGAGCAGGGGCUGCAGAGCACAGCCCAGUGAGCAGGUGCUCCGAGGCCGCACUUCAGGCCACCAGUGGGACCAAAAGGGAACAGGUGCCUCAGCUGUCCCAGCAGUGCUGUCAGAGGAUCCCAAGGGCAUUUUCGUGGCAAGUACCCCUCCGCCUCCCUCCAGCAGUGCUUCAAGGUGUACUCUGCUACCGCUUGACACUCAGCUUCUGCUAGAGCAUGCUUUUAUUUUGGUGUUAACAGUCAACCCUCCUAAAUACUGGUUUUCCUCAGGCUGGUUCAAGUAGUUCUCACAUUCAUUGGAUGGAAAAGGGCUUUCUUUUGUUUUGUCCCCAAGUGCAACCACAGUGGAGAGCAGGCUCCUCAGACUGUGCUCCCCGGUUCCUGCUCUGUUAAACUGUCCAGGGAUUCCAGGGGCAGUGCCGCCUUUCCCUGGCUACCCUUUCCUAUUCCUACGCUCCUCCGGGGGUGCUGCUACUUUGUGAGCUCGGUUCUUGUUAGCUUUCAUUUGAGUUCUGUCCUCAAUCCAGAAACAUGUGAGGUGGUUUCCCUCUUCAGCCAUGGCUAAGAUACUAUAAAAUGCUAGUUUGCAUGAGAACCACGUGGGGUGCAUGUUGAAAACUGAUUUACUUGGGGCCUACCCCAAACUUGGUAACUCAAUUUGGGGAUGGGGCCUUAAAAACUGGCCAUUCUUCCUAAGGAGAUUCUAUAAGUGGUCCCUCAACCUUAUGUGGAAAAAGUGUUUUACAGCAGUCGCCCCUAAACUAUUCUGCUCAUGUACCUCCAAAGUAUUUUGAAAAAUCAUGUAUUUCCUCACACAUCUAAGUUAAAAUUUUUCAUGGGAAGUUAAUAGUUGCCAAAGUAUGUACUUUCUGGCGUCAUGUAAAUAUUAUUUUAAAAUAACUGUUAUAUCACUUUUAAACAUAUCCAGUAUAAUUUAGAUACCAUACUAAUUUGACACCCUUCAUUCAUAUAUAAAAAUAAAUGAACUAGUCCUUUAGUAGAAAAUUUUAAAUUGGCUUUUCUAUGAUUUCCUUCCCACAUUCAGCAAAGAAUCAUAAUGAUAUAUUUUUAUGCUUGACAUCUAAAUACAGAACAAAUGUUAUCGUUAUUGGUAUACAAUUGGUGAAAACAAUAUUAACAUGAUUUUUUGAUCAUUAAAAAUUAACAGAAUGUUCUUGGAUAAAUUAGGAUAAAUACAUGAAUGUUGCUUAUAGCUGACAUGGGGUUCGACAUCAAUUAUAUUCCUUGUUUCAUUUCUUUAUCGAUGUAAGCACAUAAAUAAGUAGAUAGGAACAGAAAAAACAGUGUCUUGGAGUUCCAUGGCAAAAAUCACAGUGCUCUAUCAUCAACUUGAUUAGAUCCUCCUUUAAUUUGCUGAAAGCAGAGGAUGAAAAACCACCUGAUAUGCUAAGGUUUUGUUAGCCAGUCAUUAGCAUCAUUUACUUUUAACACUACCAUUGACAUUUUCCUUUUAAUGCCCCUGAGGUUCUUAUAUUCCAGUGGACAGUGCACCGAGGAAGACAGAGGAGACCUAAGAAGGAAAACUGAAAGGGGAAGUGGGCUAGUAGAGCUGGCAGGCCUUGGCUACAGGCUCACUCAGGCAGAUCCAUUUCAAGACAAAGUAUAUGUACCACACCCACACAGAGUAAAGACCAAUGCUUUAAUGCAGUGGUCCCCAACCUUUCUGGGACCAGUGGUGGAGCUCAGGUGGAAACAUGAGCGAUGGGGAGAUGCUGUAAAUAAAGCUUCGCUCACUUGCCCAUAGCUCACCUCCUGCUGUCCAGCCCAUCCUAACAGGCCAUGAACUGGGCUGUAGCCCAGAGGCUGAGGACCACAGCUUUAAUGGAUUAUAGCGCAGCUAUGAAAAGUCUAUGAAGAUGAUCGCAAAAGAUAAGGCUUAUUUAGUUCUAUAUUCUUCAGAGCCUUGUUAAAAGCUCUGCUUUUAGCAAAAUAAUAACGGGUGGGUCCAAACAUCAGCCUAAAGCUCACCCACCCCAUACCACCCACAGUGUAAGAAAACAAGAUUUUACAUUAACCAAGAGAAUUUAGCAUAUCAUGGUUCUGUAACAGAGUGUAGAGGACCAGUACAGAAUCUAACUUCUUCCUUAAAAGGCUACCAUUGUGUGUGUAUGUGUGUUAGCCCAUGAUUGUAAUGGCACAUAUGCUUAUGGAAGGAUAUUUAAUCCUCAUUAAGAAUCAUUCAUUUUUCAAUAUAAAUAUGCCUUGUUUCAAAUUUUA